GUGUGUCAACAAGUUCAAUAGCAGCAUUGAAAAGUCCAAUACGAUUGGCAAUAGAAUCAUUGAUUGGAUAUAUUGUAUCACCAUUACUAAACUUUAUGUAUUGUUGUGCACAAUUUUAUGUAUAUGCUUUUUCAUCUGCUAGAUUUCGCAGAGAUUUUGUAUCACUAUUCUAUUCACGAAUAGAAAAUAGAAACGAUAGUAAACAUGGCAUUGGACCUACGACACAUCAUUUGACAAGACGUUAA